UCAGUUUACCGAAUCAGUACAGUGUGUCGUUCAGUCGCAGUUUGCUUUGGGAAAUGCGCUCCUCAUAGUAUUUGCUAUAUUAGCCGUAACAUUCAGGUUGCUGGGCUACCGACGUGUGACAGAAAAAUCCGUAAAGUAUUAUCCACAACUUUGUUUUUAGGCCGUGGGCCGAACUAGUCACCCAAGAGUUAAAUUCUUAGAUCGUGAUAACAGCAUGGUUCCUAUUCUUCCGAAAAGGCCGUCGUCGUUCGACCUAGCCAGUUCAACCUUGGCUCAAAUAGCUGGCUAUGCGGCAUGCACUGGUCAAAUUCUGAACAUCGGUGACGUCAGAGCAUGGUUGAAGGAGCAACACUCCGAGGGUGACGCUGAGUCUGCAAGAACCAUCCUUUGCAUGCCCAUCAUCAAUGGUCAAAGGACUAUCAUCGGUGUCGCGCAACUGAUUAACAAAGAAAACCAGGCUCCAUUCACAGAAUGCGACGUAUCCUUGUUCGAAGCGUUCGCCAUCUUUUGUGGUCUUGGCAUACACAACACCCAGAUGUAUGAAAAUGCAUGUAAACUUAUGGCGAAACAAAAGGUGGCUUUAGAAUGCUUGUCAUACCACGCGACUGCUAGCAAUGAAGCAACAGAGAAGUUGAUCAAGGAGCACAUUCCUUCAGCCCAAACUUACAACCUGUACAGCUUCACUUUCGUUGACUUUGAUCUCUCCGAUAUGGACACUUGCAAAGCAACGGUUAGGAUGUUCCUGGAGUGCAGUUUGGUGCAACAGUUCCACAUUCCAUAUGAGGUUUUAUGUAGAUGGAUACUUAGCGUCAAGAAGAAUUACCGACCUGUUAAAUACCACAACUGGAGACACGCACUAAAUGUGGCCCAGACUAUGUUUGCCAUGUUCAAAACGGGGAAAAUGGAACGGUUUAUGAGCGACUUGGAAAUCCUCGGGCUCCUGGUAGCUUGCCUCUGCCAUGACUUGGACCAUCGAGGUACCAACAAUGCUUUCCAGACAAAGACCGACUCCCCACUUGCAGUACUUUACUCCACCAGUACCAUGGAACAUCAUCACUUUGACCAAUGCGUCAUGAUACUAAACACGGACACCAACAAUAUUUUUCAAGCAUUAUCUCCUGACGACUAUAGAAAAGUGAUGAAAAUGGUGGAAAAUGCAAUACUUUCAACCGACUUAGCAAUGUAUUUUAAGAAAAAGAAUAAAUUUCUGGAGCUUAUUGACAAUGGAGAGUUUGACUGGCAGAGUGAAGACAAGAAAGAAUUGUUGUCUGGCAUGAUGAUGACUGCAUGUGACGUCAGCGCAAUAGCCAAGCCAUGGGAGGUACAGCACAAAAUAGCGAAGCUGGUAGCCGAUGAAUUUUUUGAGCAAGGAGAUAUGGAGAAGAUACAAUUGAAAGAGCAACCAAUCGCGAUGAUGGACCGAGAACGUAAAGAUGAGUUACCACAGAUGCAAGUCGGGUUCAUAGAUGUGAUUUGUCUGCCUCUGUAUAGGGUUUUGUCAGAUACAUUUCCCUGGAUGCGACCGCUGUACCUUGGCACUUUGGAGAACAGACAACACUGGCAGGAUUUAGCAGAGAAAGUAGAGAUGGGAUUGACUUGGAUAGACCACGAUACCAUCGAUAAGCCAGUAGAAGCCUUCCGAGAUACAGAAGAGACAAAGGAGAUAGAAUUAAUAGUGACGACCUUCAAAACGGUGUCAAAUGCACCGCAAGUAGACACAAGGAAGAGGACGAAACACAAAAUUUGCUGCAUAUUGUGACAACUAAUCGACGAGUACAUAGAAUGUGUAACUCUCUCUAUCUUUCGUAACUAGAUCAAAAUCUAAUGCUCAUUUUUCUGAACUAUUAUAUCUGAAUUCAUAAGAACUACUUAACCUGUUUUAGGAGUUUGCAGGGAUUGGACAUAGUAAAACUUGAAUUUCUAACAGGCACUUCUCUCUUGAUAAUAAACUGAAUUGUUUAAUCUCCCACGUAGGGCCCUAGGAGCUAAUCAGCUAGGGGGCAACUAACAGAUUUUACGAAUAACUUAUAUUUUCAUAAAGUUAUAUAGGUACACAUGACACUUUUCGCGUGUGAUUUAUCAGUCCGAAAUUUCCUAGCCGCAAUGUCCUGAGAGCCCCGCCUUAAACAAUGAGUUGAAAAGUAUGACAACCCCCAGCGAAAAAAAAGUUAAUCCAAUUUAGGCUCAUCCCAUACGCAAAACCAUUUGGUUAAUUUUAGUGCGUACUAAGAGGCUAAAAAAUAUACUCAAUGGUUCCUUGUCUAUGUGUAGGUAUAGCAUGUCUUGGAUAGCCAAAUGAUUGGAUUAAAUCUACAUGCGUUCCAUCUCUGUGCAUGUGGUCUACUGAAAAACUGAGUAAGUAGUACAAGAUGUGACUGCUGACACCUAGUGCGACAACGCUGAUAUAUCUAACCCACACGUGAAAGAUGUAGAAAGGUCCCUACACCUUCUCCAUGAAAGGAAAGAUCCAUCAUAAACAACCCGUCAAUCGGAGAGCAUACUAAGCGUGUUCCGUUUAAUAUGACGCCACUUAGCAUGGCGAACACUUAGUGUUCGCUCUUAUUCUAAGGUUGUCCGUGAUGGUGGACAAGGUAUUUCCGUUCUCAGAACAAACUGUCCUUCAGAAACUGGAAAGCAUUAGAUCACUGUGAGGUUGCUACUUACUCCAAUUUUCUAUAGCAGAGAGAACGUGGUGCUAUUUUUUUGCUCCCGACUGUGCAUUAAACAAUAUAUGGGUCAAUAUACGGUAUUUGCUUUUAAGUGUCGACUAAGAAAAGUAGCUUAUUUUUCCCAUAUUUAUUAUGUCACAAGACUGCAUGAUACGUGAUACGAAUUGGACAGGGUCAGAUGUUUUCAUUUUGAUAGCUUUUAUAGCUACCAGGAGAAAGUGUAUGUAUCAAAAAUAAGAAAAUUAAUAAAUUCAAUCGAUUUGAUCAAAAACAACAAGUCUCCAGUUCUAUUGGUCUUAAAUCAAGGGUAUCGUAUAGGUUAAGAGCUCACAGAUCCUCGAAGUAACGGUUGUGUUUCGACGUUGGAAUUUUUUUGAUAAAAAUGCCGCGGCCGUUGCUUUCAUUGUUUAUACAGGGGGUAAGACGAUUUAUUGUACCGAAAUUACAAAACAGAGAAGAAGUACAAUAAACAAUUGACACGAAAACUGUCAGAUAAGUUUCGCCAGCAUAGUGACCAGAACGUACAUGACCUAGAAAAACAUUAAUAUACAUUAAAUAUUAUUGUAUAAGAUUCAUGACUGUUGUAUUCAAGAACUGCAGUUUUCGCAUAUGUGCAGAAAUGUACGUUUGAAAUUCAUAAAGGUAUACUUACCAGGAUAAACACUGGAACAUCUGGCAAAAGGGUAUAUACCGACACUACGUUAGCCACAGACGCGUUCCUGGUUUCAGUAAACCAAAUCGCGCUAGUUUCAAACUAACAUUCCUUAAUUUGCUGCGGAUUAAUCAAGGACAAAUCGGGAAAUUGUCACAGUCCCACGAAAACAUGCAAUUUGAAUUGCAGCAGGUGAGGGUGACGAAUGUUCACAACCAUUGAAACGUGUCUUUUAUGCCUUUAUAAAUCAUGUUGGUAUCUCUUUUUAGGCAAAUAUGUUACAAAAUGUGUAUGUAGCAAUAUACAGGGUAUUCGUAUUGUUAUACUAGUUACAUAUACCUACAGAGAUUUGUUGAUAUUUGUUGUGAAAGUCGGGAAUGUGGCACUCCAAAGGAGUAUACAUUUUCAAGCAAAUUGUGCCUAAAUAUUAAUGAUCAUUUUAAUUUUAUCAUAUGUUCCAAAUAAAGCAUGAUGUUUUACUCUAUGAAUUAUUUCCACAAUUUGUCUGUUUGCUUAAGAUUUUUUUGACAGAACAUUGAGAUUUCAAAAACUGUAUAUUCACCCAUAUUUUACUGACAAUCACUGAUCGUUAUUCGAUCUUAUUUCACAUGAUUCAAAUAAAAUCCUCGAAUAAACACAGGUGGUUGAAGCUUUUGGCUAUGUAUAUAUUUGACCUAUUUUGCUAAAGUAUGAUGUGAAAAAUAAUAAUCUAAACCAAAAGCACAAAUUUUAAAACAGCUUCUUUAGCUACCUACUGCUUUUUAUCGUGCAUUGAAAGCGCCAAAUAUUUCCAAAUGUGCAGAAACAAAAAUGGGUUGUUCUUAUGAGUGAACGAGUAAUAUUUCACCUGUAACUUCAUACUCUUAGAGAUUAUAUGAUUUUAUACUAAAAUCGGUGAUGACGCUUGGUUAAGUAUUAAAAAGACAUUUUUGUAAUUAUAUGAUUUGUAAAAUCAAAG